AUGCCCCAGGCCUUGAAGCGCUCCGAGGGCUGCUGGGCCUGGGUGGUGCUGCUGGCCUCCGUGGUGACGCAGGGCCUCACUCUGGGCUUCCCCACGUGCAUCGGCAUCUUCUUCACCGAACUGCAGCGUGAGUUCCAGGCCAGCAACAGCGAAACUUCCUGGUUCCCCUCCAUCCUGACAGCCAUGCUCCAUGCAGGGGGCCCCCUGUGUAGUGUCCUGGUGGGAUGCUUUGGCUGCAGAGCGACGAUGCUGCUGGGCGGCGUGCUGGCCAGCCUGGGCAUGGUGGCCGGCUCCUUCUGCCGCACCCUCGGCCAGCUCUACCUCACGGCAGGAUUCAUCACAGGCCUGGGCAUGUGCUUCAGCUUUCAGUCGAGCAUCACCGCACUGGGACUGUACUUCACCCGCUGGCGGGUGCUGGCCAACGCGCUGGCCUCAGCGGGUGUCUCCCUGGGCAUCACGCUCUGGCCGCUGCUCUCCCGUUACCUCCUGGAGGAGCUGGGCUGGCGAGGCACCUUCCUCAUCUUUGGCGGGGUCCUUCUCCACUGCUGCGUCUGCGGGGCCGUCGUGAGGCCCGUGCCUGCCAGCAUGACCCCGGAGGCCAGAGAAGGCCUCCCCUCACCUUCCAAGAGACCCUCGCGAGGCUGCCCAGCGGCGUGUGGCCGGGCUAUCCAGCGCCACCUGGCCUUCGACGUCCUGCGGGACAACGUGGGCUACUGCGUGUACACGCUGGGGGUUGUCUGGAUGAUCAUGGGUUUCCCGCUGCCCCACGUCUUCCUGGUCCCGUACGCUGUUCGGCACGGGGUGGAUGAACACAAGGCGGCCCUGCUCAUCUCCAUCAUCGGCUUUAGCAACAUCUUCCUGCGGCCCAUGGCUGGGCUGUUGGCGGGCCGCCGGGAGUUUGCGGGUCACCGCAAGUACCUGUUCAGCCUGGCGGCCCUGCUCAACGGCCUCACCAACCUGGUGUGCGUGGUGUCGGCCGACUUCCGGGUGCUGGUGGGCUACUGCCUGGUGUAUAGCGUGUCCAUGAGCGGCAUCGGUGCCCUGAUCUUCCAGGUCCUCAUGGACAUUGUCCCCAUGGACCGGUUCUCCAGCGCCCUGGGGCUCUUCACCGUCCUGGAGAGCAUCUCCAUCCUCAUCUCCCCGCCGCUGGCUGGAUUCCUCCUGGACGCCACCGACGACUUCAGCUACGUUUUCUACAUGUCCAGUUUCUUCCUCAUCUCGGCCGCCCUCUUCAUGGGCGGCAGUUUCUGUGUCCUGGGCAAGAAGGAGCGGCAGGGCCCACGGGCUGAGGCCGAAGGAGCCGUCCCAGCAGCUGCCCCGGAGCAGCGCCUCGCCGUGGAGGACACGGGCAGUCCGGAGAAGCGGCUGUGUGUCGAGAUCAUGUAUGUGACCAGCGUCUGA